UCUCUGGUGCCCUCGGCUGCUCCUGCCGCCCCCUGCUCCGUGCGCACGGCUGGCACCAGGCCCCGACACCUGCCGGCACCUCAAUGGCCUCUCUCCGCUCGCUGUGGACCGGGCUGGUCCUGCUGGGUAUGCUGGGGAUGCUGGGGGUCCUGCAAACUGCAGCCCAGGCCCAGAUCUUGCUGUCCGACUUCCAGCAGGAAAAGUUUAUGGGGCGCUGGUUCAGCGCGGGCCUCGCCUCCAACUCCAGCUGGUUCCGGGAGAAGAAGGCGUCCAUGUCCAUGUGUUCCACCGUGGUGGCCCCCAGCGCGGACGGUGGCCUUAAUCUCACCUCCACCUUCCUCAGGAAGGACCAGUGUGAGACCUGGACCAUGCAGCUGCAGCCCUCGGAGAACCCGGGCUCCUACAGCUACCAGAGUCCACGCUGGGGCCACACCUCCCUGAUCUCCGUGGUGGAGGUCAACUAUGAUGAGUACGCGCUGCUGGACACCAAGGGUAUCGACCAUGACUUCCACAUGGCCACGCUCUACAGCCGUACCCAGACCCUGAGAGCCGAGCUGAAGGAGAAAUUCUCCACCUUCUGCAAGGUCCAGGGCUUCACAGAGGACACCAUUGUCUUCCCGCCCCAAACAGAUAAGUGCCUGAAGGAGAAGGAGUAGGUGGCCCAGCCCUCAAGACCCCUCUGCUCCAUGCCUUCCUCCAAGACCCCGGCCUGAUCUCCCCAAAGUGCCCGUGCACCUCCUGCUGUACCCCAGAUCUGAGAAAUAAACUGAAGCAAGUCA